AUGCCUGCAGGACCACCAUGUCCGUCGGAAAUACCUACAUAUUAUCCAUUAACCCUACAUAUAAUUGCUGGUAUUUCAAUUCCAAUUAAUUUUAUCGGGUUCUAUUUAGUUUGGUUUCAAUCUCCAAAAAUGCUUGGCUAUAAAUAUUGCCUUUGCUAUUUGCAGUUCGCAAGUUUUCUGACAGAAAUGCACAUGUCCUUCAUCUGCCCCGGCUAUUAUUUCUUCCCACUGACUGGCGGUUUCAAUACAGGCGGACAAUUUAUAAGUUCACAUCUUAGUAUUACAAUUUACACUUUUAUUUUCUCAUUUGAAGUUCCUUCAACACUUUUAUGCUUUAUUUAUAGACAUAAUGCGACAAAAAAUAUCAACAGGGGCUACUCGAGCAAGUUAUAUUUGGAGAAACUCUUUCUAAUUUUAACUCAUUUAUUCCCAUUUUCAUCCGCAUUUUGCAUGUUCCAGUCAAAACUUACCCCGCAACAAAGGAUGGAUUACGUGAAUAAUAACUUUCCGCAAUGCUUGGAAUGGCUGAAAUUUGAGGCUUUUGAAGUCUACGACUAUCAUCCAAAUCGAUGGCUGGUUGCUCUUGGAGCAGUAGUUUUUGCGACUAUUUUCGUGGCUUAUUCAUACGCCAUGACCCUUGGUGUCCACACUAUGAUUAUACUUCAGAAGUUUCGAAAAUCGAUGUCUCGUCAAACAUAUCAAAUGCACAAAACUGCACUUUUCAGCUUAAUUAUGCAAAUUGUGAUUCCAGGGGUGUUGCUUGUGGCGCCAUUGAGUUUUUGUAUGUUUGUGAUUAUAAUGGAGGAAGUUGGAUUGCAAGAGCUCGCCACUGGCUCUAUGUUCUUUGUGGCCUCCCACUCAAUGUGCUCCAGUGCGGUGAUGAUUCUGAGCAAUCCUAGAUAUCGCACAGUAUUGCUAGAGAAGACAUUGAAAGCUUUGGGAUUAUCGUCUGUAACAAUAGCAGCAAGAAGUGGUGUGGAGCCCAGUCAGAACAGUUUCGCCCCGACUACAACUUCAGUCGUUUCAGUCGCAAGACGGGCUUCACAGUUGACUAUUAGGGAGUUUUAG